AUGGUUAACUGCAUCCGGGGUUUUCUGUGGCCGUGACCUUCAUUUUACCGGCGAAGGGAAGACAACGUGGUUUCACAGCGUGGUCGACUUUUCUGCCAAAAAUCACCAUUUCUACCCCGAAAAAUACCUUGAUUCAAAUGAGCAAGGAUACCCUCGACUUUCCAUACUGUCAUGAAGUCUCAAAAUACGAGAGACAAGCGAAAAUUGGCCAGGGAACCUUCGGUGAAGUGUUCAAGGCAAAGAACAGAAAAAAUCCUAAAGAGAUAGUUGCGCUCAAGAAAGUCCUUAUGGACAACGAAAAAGAAGGGUUCCCUAUCACUGCUCUGCGAGAGAUAAAGAUACUCCAGCUUCUUAACCAUGAGAAUGUGGUGAAAUUGCUGGAAAUCUGCCGAACUAAAGCACAACCGUUCAAUCGUAACAAGGCUAGCAUCUACCUGGUAUUUGAGUUCUGUGAGCAUGAUCUGGCUGGACUUCUCAACAACCAGGCAGUCAAAUUCUCUCCCCCAGAGAUGAAGAAGAUCAUGCAGAUGCUUCUUAAUGCACUUUACUUCAUUCACAGCAACAAAAUCUUGCAUCGGGAUAUGAAAGCUGCUAAUAUACUCAUCACAAAGAAUGGUGUGUUAAAGCUCGCAGACUUUGGCUUGGCCAGGGCAAUUCACAUUAACAAAGAGCAGAAGCAGAGGUAUACAAAUCGAGUAGUAACGCUAUGGUAUCGGCCACCCGAGCUUCUACUAGGUGAGCGCAACUAUGGCCCUCCUAUUGAUCUUUGGGGUGCUGGCUGCAUCAUGGCGGAGCUUUGGACGCGUACGCCAAUCAUGCAGGGGAACACUGAGCAGCAUCAGUUGACCCUGAUAAGCCACCUGUGUGGUUCCAUCACCCCUGAAGUGUGGCCAGGGGUGGACAAGCUUGAGCUGUUCGAUAAAAUGGUGUUGCCUUCAGGUCAGAAAAGGCGGGUGAAGGAGCGCCUACGAAUGUAUGUAAAGGACCACAAUGCUCUUGACUUGAUUGAUAAGAUGUUAUCACUGGACCCCGGUCCCCGCAUUGAUGCGGACAGUGCACUCAAUCAUGACUACUUCUGGACAGACCCUAUGCCUACAGACUUGACCCGUACACUGGCUAUGCAUAACCAGUCUAUGUUUGAGUACCUAGCCCCACCUAGAAGAGGGGGUCAACGGCAGCCAGCCCCUCCCAGGCCAGGGCCCACGCAACCAAGCAUUGUUCAAAGUGGGACUUAUGAUAGGGUGUUCUAAAACCUUUUCUCAUGGAACUGGCAGUAUGCAACCGUAGGAAUUGUAUAUUCUCAUAUAAUCACAGAACUUCUGUUCCAGUCUCUAAUAACAGAGUUGGACUUCUACACUUGGAACUUCCAAUGUGCCCUUGCAGGCUCAAUUUAAAAUCUCAUUUCUAUAAAUAUUUGAAAAAAAAAUCCAAAAAAAUUGAAAAAUUUAGAAAAUAUAUAUAAAAAGACAUAUUCACACAAGGAUAACAAAAUACAAGCGCUCAAAAAAAAGAAAAAAAUGAAGGUCACAGACACUGCAUUCAAGGUAUUCUUGUAUGCUUUCAAUAUGAAUUCAAGCUAUCACUGUUACUUUAUGUUAUAGUGUCAGUAGUGUGGAUACUAGCCAAACAAAUGGCUUGAGACAUGAAUUGUUUCAAUAAAUGCAGUAUUAUUUUUA